UAUUUGUAUUAUUAUAUGUGUCUGUCCCAGGAGUCCAUCACCAGUAUAAAGUGGGAUCCUACUGGUCAGAUGCUGUUGACCUGUGCCAAAGAGGACGUUGUGAAGCUAUGGUCCAGCCCUGGGUCAGGGUCAAACCCCGGAGCAGGCUGGAAGUGUCUGCAGACCCUACCCCACCCUGCCCAGGUCAAUGGAGUGGCCUGGUGUGGUCUGACUGGACACGGAGCCAAACCUCUCAACAUGCUGGCCACGUGUUGCCAAAACGGACUGGUGUCAGUCUGGACCGUACCUCAAGACGCCUCUGCCUUCCCAGAAUCCACCUCUUCUGGCUCCGAGGCCCGGAGGGACAACGAACCCAAAGCCAAACGCAAGCAGCAGCAGAGUUCCAGCAGGCGUGUGGAGGGGGCGGUGUGUGUGUUCCAGCUGAAGGGUCAUAUCACCCCGGUGAGGACAGUAGUCUUCAGCCCUGACGGCCUGGCCCUGGUGUCUGGAGGCGUGGGAGGCCUCAUGAACAUCUGGUCCUUACGGGACGGCUCAGUGCUCCAGACAGUAAUAGCCGGGUCAGGAGCCAUCCAGAACAUAGUCUGGAUCCCAGAUGUGGGCGUGGCCGUCUGCUCCAACAGGUCAAAGGAUGUGUUGGUGGUGAACUGCUCGACAGACUUCAUGUCCUCUCACCAGGUGCUAGCCACCUGCCGGACGGCGCUGAAGAAGCAGGGGGUUGUGGGAUUGAACAUGGCUCCGUGCAUGAGAGCCUUCCUGGAGAGGCUGCCUGUUAUGCUGCAGGAGCAGUACUCAUAUGAGAAGCCCCACGUAGUGUGUGGAGAACAGCUAGUCCACAGCCCCUACAUGCAGUGCCUGGCCUCCCUGGCCGUGGGGUUACACCUGGAUCAGCUCCUAUGUUCCCCUCCUGUCCCCCCCCACCUCCGCCUCUGUCCCCUGGAGCCAGCCACCUGUACCUGGUCACCCGGCGAGUGGGCGUGGCUAGACUGCUUCUCCACCACGGUGAAGGCAGCGGAGGCCCUGGCUCGGGGCAACACGUUCCCAGAGGCCUUUGCUGUUCCCGACCUGGAGCCUGUACCCAAGGAGGAGAUGGUCCUUCUCAUGGACAACAGUACAUGGGGUUCUGGUAUGGAUGAACAAAUCAUGUCGUGGGCCACCUCCAGACCUGAGGACUGGCACCUGGGAGGGAAGUGUGAUGUGUUCCUGUGGGGAGCUGGUCGACACGGCCAGCUGGCAGAGGCUGGCAGAAACAUCCUGGUGCCCACCAACGCACCCUCCUUCUCACAGGCACAACAGGUGGUGUGUGGUCAGAACUGUACGUUUGUGAUUCAGGCUAACGGGACAGUGUUAGCCUGUGGGGAGGGCAGCUACGGCAGACUGGGUCAGGGCAACUCUGAUGAUCUGCAUGUCCUCACCGUCAUCUCAGCCCUGCAAGGCUUUGUGGUAACCCAGCUGGUGACGUCGUGUGGCAGCGACGGCCACUCCAUGGCGCUGACAGAGAGUGGCGAGGUGUUCAGCUGGGGAGACGGAGACUACGGGAAGCUGGGACACGGGAACAGUGACCGCCAGAGACGACCGCGACAGAUCGAAGCCCUGCAGGGAGAGGAGGUGGUGCAGAUGUCCUGCGGGUUCAAGCACUCCGCGGUGGUGACCGCUGAUGGGAGGCUGUUCUCCUUUGGGAACGGGGACUAUGGCAGGCUGGGGCUGGGAAACACCUCCAACAAGAAGCUCCCUGAGAAGGUCACUGCGUUGGAGGGGUACCAGGUCGGACAGGUGGCGUGUGGUCUGAAUCACACCGUAGCCGUCUCCGCCGAUGGAAUGAUGGUGUGGGCCUUCGGAGACGGAGACUACGGGAAACUGGGCCUGGGGAAUUCUACCGCCAAGUCCUCACCUCAGAAGGUGGACGUUCUCUGUGGCCUCGGCAUCAAGAAGGUGUCCUGUGGAACUCAGUUCUCUGUUGUCCUCACUAAAGAUGGCAACGUGUACACGUUCGGACAAGACCGACUCAUAGGGCUGCCCGAGGGCCGGGCCAGGAACCACAACCGUCCCCAGGUGGUACCAGCUCUGUCUGACGUGUUUAUACAGGAUGUGGCUGUAGGGGCCGAACACACACUGGUCCUGUCCUCCACCGGAGAGGUCUAUACCUGGGGCAGCAACUCAGAGGGACAGGUAGGAUACAACACACACUGGUCCUGUCCUCCACCGGAGAGGUCUAUACCUGGGGCAGCAACUCAGAGGGACAGGUAGGAUACAACACACACUGGUCCUGUCCUCCACCCUAGAGGUCUAUACCUGGGGCAGCAACUCAGAGGGACAGGUAGGAUACAACACACACUGGUCCUGUCCUCCACCCUAGAGGUCUAUACCUGGGGCAGCAACUCAGAGGGACAGGUAGGAUACAACACACACUGGUCCUGUCCUCCACCCUAGAGGUCUAUACCUGGGGCAGCAACUCAGAGGGGCAGGUAGGAUACAACACACACUGGUCCUGUCCUCCACCCUAGAGGUCUAUACCUGGGGCAGCAACUCAGAGGGACAGGUAGGAUACAACACACACUGGUCCUGUCCUCCACCGGAGAGGUCUAUACCUGGGGCAGCAACUCAGAGGGACAGUUGGGUCUGGGCCACACCAACCAUGUGAGAGAGCCCACCCUGGUGACAUCACUACAGGGAAAGGACAUUCACCAGGUCUCUGCUGGUCGCUGUCACUCUGCUGCCUGGACCGCUCCGUCUGUCCCUCCCCGGGCUC